AUGUUGACACCUGCAGACCCCAAGUCAAAGCCCAAGCUCCGCAUCGCGAUCAUCGGAGGCGGCAUCGGCGGGCUCACGCUUGCGGUGGCGUUGUGCCAGAUGAAGCUCGACAACUACGUUGUCGUGGACCUUUACGAGUCGACCGCGAAGCUGAUGCAGGUCGGCGCUGGGAUCUCCUUCUGGCCGCGUGGGUGGGAGGUUAUCGAGUGCAUGGGCCUCGGCGAGCCGCUCAGGAAGCACCUCAGUCCGGGGCAGGGGACCACUCCGGACGAGCUUCAGACGGUCUUGAAGCUGCGAAAGGGAGAUCAGAAUCCCGGAGCUCAUCUCGUGGACAUUAAGAUGAAGGGCGGAGGGUACUCUUUCCACCGGGCCGACGUACAAGACGUCCUCCUCGCGCACCUGUCGCCCUGUGUCACCCUGCAUCUCUCUCACCGUCUCGGCUCCUACAAGCAGGUGGACGAUCACCUCGAGCUCGGGUUCAAGGACGGCAAGACCGCAACGUGUGACUUCCUGAUCGGCGCCGAUGGAGUCAACUCGGCGGUGCGGCGGUCAAUGUUGACGAAUGGACGCGACGAUUUGACUCAGGCGGAGAAGGAGGCGCUGUAUAAGCCUGUAUGGACGGGGGGCGUAACUUAUCGCGCUCUUAUCGACGCGGAGGUGGUGAGGAAAGAGAUGCCGAACCACUCCGUGUUCGAGUCGCCUAUUUUGUAUGGCGGAAAGAAUAAGCACGUUAUUCUUUAUGCCAUUUCUGGAGGGAAGAUCAUCAACGCCGUGCCCUUCUUUAUUGAUCCUACCAAAGACGGGACGCAGUACGAGGGCCAGGUCGUUGUAGAGGAGACAACCGAUGACAUCCCCGCAGUAUAUGCGGGGUGGGAGGAUGAAGUGCAAAUCAUCAUUAAGAACAUAACCAAGGCUUCGCGUUGGGCGAUCCAACAGGUUAAGCCAUUAGAUAGCUACGUCUCCGGUCGUGUGGGCCUUUUGGGAGAUGCCGCGCACGCAAUGCCACCCCAUCUAGGCAACGGUGCCGGUCAAGCAAUCGAGGACGCGUUCAUCCUCGCUAACCUCAUAUCCAAGGACGUCCGCUCUCCCAAUCCCAACCCCGCACGGGCCCUCGAGGUCUACGACACCAUCCGCCAGCCCUUCGGCAACUUCGUCGCGAGAGCGUCGAAGCACCAGGGCAAUUUGGACGACUUUGUCGUGCCGGGAUUCGAGGACCUCAAGGAGGGGCAGGAGCUCCCCCCAGAGACGCUCAAGAAGCACGGGGAGGCGCUGGAUAAGGGUUGGGAGUGGACCUGGACGACAUCGUUGAUGGGUGAUUUGGAGAAGGCACUUGCGAUGCUCUGA